CCUUCACUCCACACACGCAACAAGACUCAUUUGGAGUCAUGAUCACACAGGUGGUGGUGGCUGUGAUGGUCGUCUGGGGCGCUCUCGCCUGGCCUAUCACACCUGCUCCGAAUGACCUUUCAAACGACAGAGUGAGCGAGCAAGCGUCGUGUGGCGGGCGCGGGAAGGUCAUGCUGGAGGUCACACAGGUGUUGGAGGUCACCUUCAGUAGUGAUGGACAGGUGUCUGACCUGGGUGACCUCUGUACCUACACUCUCCGCGUCGCCUUCAAGGGCGUCGGGCUGAAGAAGUACGGCAUCCGGGUGGCCGGCCACGUGGCCCUGGACGACGGUACCAACGACCCCAACUGUUCCAACUCCUUCCUCAGCCUCGUUGAUGCGGACGACCUCACCUACGACAAGGCCAAGAAGCAGCGAUAUUGCAAGAAGGCAAAGGUCAGCUACGAGACCAAGUCCGACGUCGUCGUGCUGAAGCUGAACCUCAGAGACAUCGCGCACAAGAAAGGGGAACUCCAUCUGCAGAUAACGUCGGAGUUCGUGUGCGGGGGUCUGGUUGACUUCGAGGGCACCCUCAGCACACCUUACUACCCCAGUCUGUACCCGGCGGACAUCGUCUGUCUGUGGAGGAUAAGGGCUCCCAAAGGAUUCAUCAUAUCCCUUGACUUCGCUGAAUUCGACCUGAGACCUCAGAAGGGAAGUCAAUGUAAGGAUUACGUCAAUAUCGAGUUCGUCAAGAAGUUUUGCGGCAGACAGCUGGAAAAUGUGUCUCAGACAUAUAACUCUGAAGAUAUUUUUAUGACCUUUCAAUCAAGUCAACUAGAAAAUAAUGAAUACGUUGGUUUCACAUGCAACGUGACCUUCCAGAGGACGACCUGGGACUUUUAAUCGACUAAGUUCUUCAGAUCGCAUAUAUUAUGAAGGAUGUUACCACCAUCUUGAAAGGAUCAGCUGAGAAGUUAAAUAGAUGAUGUCAGAGACCGGGCCGCAGACAUUGAUCUUCAGAACCAACGCAAGGUAACUGCAGUAUCAACUAAUGGGUAUUUUCCAUUCAUUCAAUUUAAAGUAGAAGCUCCCAUGCAAAAUAUACAGACCCCUUAAAACCAACAGACUUGUAAUUGCCCGAAACGCUAUGCGUAUUAGUGGCUUUAGGUAUUGUAUGUACUAACUCUAUCUUUAAAUCCAACAUUAUGUUUGUAACUCAUCUUCAAUGUGUGUACCUUUACCUGAAUAAAAAAUCUAAUCUAAUCUAAAAGAAACACAACCAGUCACAAGGUGUACAGUCCCUCCACAGGAAGCACAUUCUCCAUGGAAACAUUAGCCACCUUCUGUAAUAAAAUGUUGUUGCUUACUAAAAUAUGUUUUGCAAGUACCAAAAUAAAUUAUAUUCUACCAG